AAUUUUUUCUACACAUAUGAGCAAGUGUUGGUCUCCCUCGGUUAAGUGUUUGCAAAUAGGUCUAUUGUGAGGUAUUUUAUUCAUGUCUUGAGAAUUUUUAUUAUAAUUGUAAAGCAUAAAACCAUAAACUUCGUUCAUGCUCCUCCAUAAGAACGAACAAAAUGACAAUGGUGGGGGACUGUCAUGGUGUUGUUGAAUUAAUGUAACAAACAACUCGACCGGCGAUUCAUUAGUUACUUCUCCUGUAAUUCUAUCGUUACAGACCUCGCUUACCGUUCUGUAAUUAAUAUUAUAGCUGUACUUCGAAGUUAGUUUCUCUCUUUCAAGCGGGGAACGGAAAUUUACGUCACAAGAUGAAGAGAUUUGUGCCGGAAUAGGAACGGCGAGACAUUUCCUUACAAUUCAUCUUUACCCCUUUCUCUUAACCAUUUCGACAAACUUUUGUUAUAACGUUUUUUCUUUUUAUGGUUUUGUGAUUUCAUAAUGUUUUUGGGAUUCGAUUUAUCUACUCAACAGUUAAAAGGCGUUGUUAUUGACGAGAAAUUAAAUGUUCUACAUGAAUCUUCAGUGGAAUUCGAUAAGGACUUGCCUUCAUACGGUACGACUAAGGGCGUUUACGUUGAUGGGCCCGAAGUUCAUUCUCCCGUCGCUAUGUGGUUUGAAGCUUUAGAUUUGGUACUGAAACGACUUCAUGAACACAUCGACUUAAAUCGGAUUAAGGUUAUUUCUGGAGCGGGUCAGCAGCAUGGAUGCGUGUACUGGCUGAACGGAGCAUCAAAAUCAUUAGCCAACUUAAACUCCCAUGAUUCCCUUAAACAACAGCUUUCUGAUAACGUUUUCCCGUUAUCUCCUAAUUGGCAAGACUCGAGUACAGCUACCCAGUGUCGAGAAAUGGAGGAACUUGUUGGAGGUCCGACAAACAUGGCGAAAAUUACCGGAUCCAAGGCCCAUUGGCGAUUCUCUGGACCCCAGAUACUCAAGUUUCGUAAACAACAUCCGGAGGCUUACGCUCAAAUUGAAAGGAUAUCUCUUGUCUCAAGCUGUUUAGCAUCUUUAUUGUUGGGCAAGUUUGCACCAUUGGAUCAAAGUGAUGCUUGUGGUAUGAACUUGUGGGACAUCCGUGGAAAUGAGUACUGCACUGAAUUAAUGCAGCUUGUGGGCGGGGAUAAUCAUUGUGGAAUCGAACUUAAGAACAAGCUUGGUCCGGUGGAGACGAAUAGCAUAGCAGAACUCGGGAAAAUCCAUCCUUAUUAUGUUGAAAAGUAUGGCUUUAAUGAGAAUUGCACCAUCAUUCCGUUUACCGGUGACAAUCCUGCUACGAUACUUUCUUUACCUCUUGUUCCUGGACAAGACGUACUUCUUUCGUUAGGUACAAGUACCACUGUCUUGAUGGCAACCAAUCAUUACGAAUACUCGCCGGAAUUCCAUAUUUUUAAUCAUCCUGUCUCCAUGAAGUCUUAUAUGGUGAUGAUUUGUUACAAGAAUGGAAGUCUUGCACGAGAGGAAGUCCGGAAUGAGCUUAAUAAAGCAUAUGGCUUUGCCGAUAUGGCGAGCUGGAAUGCGUUUGACGAAGUCACUGCAAGACGCUUAGAAACACUCAGAACGCUCAACAGCACAAAACAUGUUGAAGGAGCUAAAAUCGGUUUGUACUAUCCGCAACGAGAAAUUAUCCCUCCCCUGGGACCGGGAGUUUGGCGAUUUAUAAUAAAUGCCGACCAGGAACUUGAAGAGGCAACGGAAAGUAACUGGAAAUCACCGGAAGAUGAUGUAGUUGCAAUUGUGGAGAGCCAGUUUUUGGACAUCAAAAAUCGAAUUGUUCCGUUGCUUGAAGGUGUUACGAAACCACGUCGAGUUUAUGUUGUAGGAGGUGCUAGUCGCAAUGAUACCUUGGUAAAAGCCAUCGGUAAUAUUCUGGGAUGUGACAUUUAUCGACUUAAAACAGGAACAAGCAACGCUUGCGCAGUAGGAGCUGCUAUGAAGGCUGCAUUUUCUCUUUUGAACGCUCGAAAUGAAUAUGAUCGUUUUGUCGCUGACAAGUGGGAGGGAACGAAAAGGCUUCAGCAAACGGAAGUGAAGCCUACUGAUGCUUUACACGAGUACUAUGAAAAGCUUGCACCUUUUGUUUCAAAGGCCCAAGAACUGUUGUUGGGACGGUUGGACCCUGUUCAAUAAGACCCAAGAAUCUAGUAAAGUGUAGUAUGUUUCACUUUAUAUCCACGCAAGCAUAUUCUAUAGUCAAUCACUCUUUUUUAUGUAUCAUCAAUCAUUAUUAACUGUAUAAGCGAUUAAACUUGUUGUUGCUGCUGCUGAAGGAAAGUUUCCCACCGAUCGAUGAUUUCUUUUUGGGAUUCAAUGAUAGACUCGAGCCAUGUUUCAACACUAGCUUUGAAUUCUUCUACGCGUUCUUCCUCAAUCUUUCCCAAUUCAGACUUCAAUACUUUAGUCGCGUUUGCGUAAUCUGCUUCCAGUAAUGAUGCCACACGCUGAUGCUCAUUAACUUCAUUUGUGUAGUUUGUAAUUUUUUCCUGCUGAGUCUUUCCGUGUUUCAUGUACUUGUCCAAUGUAGCCUUAGAACGAUUUGCUUCCGCGAUAGCAGAUUGCCAAGAUUGCCAAACCUUUUGGCGGGAGGCAUAUGCAUUCUGAACACUCUCAGCCGUGCGAAUGUAUUCGUUGAGAGUAACACUUAAGGUUAAGUUAUCGUGAACGACACGACGCUCAUGUACUUGAUGAAGGUUCAUCUGUAAUUGUGCUAAUGCAUCCAACUUGGAACACAAACCUGCAUCUAACUCAACGAGGGAGAGAUUUGCUAACGACUCACCAAAUUCCGAGACAACCGUUCCAACCUCGUCUCGCUGUUCCAUAACUAGAGAAAGUGUCUGAUACAGAGAACGUAAUUGUGCGUCCAUAACUUCCCAGUACAACUUCUUCUCCUCCAAGAAUUCAUCCGUUUCUGCAUACUUCGCCGUACUACCGGAGAACACAGAAGAAAUUGAACCGAGAAUACCACUGCCAGAACUGGACAAGGCUCUUGACUCCGCUGUUCCAUGUCGGCGGCUUAACCGUAAAUCGAAUACUGAUGCUGAAAGAAAAUAACGGAAUGCAUCGUCUUGACAUAAACGGGGAUGUUGCGCAAUUUUGCGAAUCAUCUUCUCCAGACUAGCACGUCUCAACUCAACAAAUUCAUCGUCAAAUCGACCAACGACCUGCUUUUCAGGAGCAGGAGGAAUAAUGGUUCCAGGGUGUGUAGCACCAAGUAAUUGAUAUAGUAACAAAAAGUCGCGGUA